AUGUCUGUAAAACUUGGUGAUGAUUUUCCAAAUUAUAGACUACGAACAACUUUUGGUAAUAUUCAAUUGUAUGAUUGGCUCGGAAAUAAAUGGGGUAUUUUAUUUUCUUAUCCAGCAGACUUAACACCUGUUUGUACAACUGAAUUAUCACGUGCCGCUAAAUUAGAACCACAUUUUGCUAUGAGAAAUGCAAAAUUAAUAGGCUUAUCAUGCGACAGUAUUGAAAUUCAUCGGGGAUGGAUAAAAGAUAUUCAAAGUUACGGUUCUAUAGAACUACCUUCAGGUGAAUUUCCAUUUCCAAUCAUUGACGAUAGUGAUAGAAAAUUAACUAGGGAACUUGGCAUGAGUGAUCCGGCUGAAUUUGAAAAAAAUGGCUUACCACGUACUGCUCGCGCUAUAAAAAGUAGAUCACUUGUUGAUAUAGAAGCAAUGUCGGUAAAACUUGGUGAUGAUUUUCCAAAUUAUAGAUUAAGAACAACUUUUGGUGAUAUUCAAUUAUAUGAUUGGCUCGGGAACAAAUGGGGUAUUUUAUUUUCUUAUCCAGCAGACUUUACACCUGUUUGUACAACUGAAUUAUCACGUGCCGCUAAAUUAGAACCACAUUUUGCUUUAAGAAAUGCAAAAUUAAUAGGUUUAUCAUGCGACAGUAUUGAAAGUCAUCGGGGAUGGAUUAAAGAUAUUCAAAGUUACGGUUCUAUAGAUCUACCUUCAGGUGAAUUUCCAUUUCCAAUCAUCGACGACAAUGAUAGAAAAUUAACCAGGGAACUUGGCAUUAGUGAUCCGGCUGAAUUUGAAAAAAAUGGCUUACCACGUACUGCUCGCGCUGUAUUUUUUAUUGGUCCUGACAAGAAAGUGAAAGCAACUUUGCUGUAUCCAGCAGCAUGCGGAAGAAAUUUUGAUGAAAUUCUUCGUCUACUUGAUGCAUUACUGGUUGUUGAUCAUUUACACGUUGCUACGCCAGUUGAUUGGAAGGUUGGUGACAAAGUUAUGGUUCCACCCAAUGUUGAUGAUAACGAAGUUGAAAAGUAUUUUCCACAAGGUGUUGCAGUUAAGACAGAUCUUCCAAGUGGAAAAGGCUAUAUUCGUACGGCAGAUGUUUAA